GCUGUGCCAUGACAAGCGGAGCCAGUCCUCUCACUGACAGCAGGAGGAGGAGAGCACAGAGCAGAGCUACUACUACUGCUGCUACACUGUUUACUGCUCUACUACUACUACUACUGCUUCACUGACUGCACCACUCUGCAUGCUGUAGGAGACCCCCAGACCACCGGAUCACACGGGAACUAUUGGAUUUAACUCUUGAUCACAUCGUUUCGUGGUGUUUUCGCCUCGCUGCCCUUUUUCUCAGAGUGUUUUGGAUGAUACACGAGCCAUCAUGCCGAUGAGUGCGAGCUUGUCGUGUAAGAGCUACAACUACGACUACGACUACGACUCCUUCCAGCCCUACUUCUACUGCGAUGACGACCACGAGGACUUCUACCAGCAGCAGCAGCGGCAGCCGCCGGCUCCCAGCGAGGACAUCUGGAAGAAGUUCGAGCUGCUGCCCACGCCCCCGCUCUCGCCCAGCCGCCGGCCGUCCACCGCCGACCAGCUGGAGAUGGUCACGGAGCUGCUGGGGGACGACGCGCUGAGCCAGAGCUUCAUCUGCGACGCCGACUCGUCGCAGGCGCAGGACAUCGUGCUGCACGACUGCAUGUGGAGCGGCUUCUCGGCCGCCGCCAAGCUGGAGAGGGCGGUCUCCGAGCGGCUAGCCUCGCUGCGCGCCGCCCGCCGGGACUCGGCGCUGGAGCGCAGCGCGACCGCCCGCAUGAGCACCGCCUCCUACCUCCAGGACCUCGGCACGCCGGCCUCCGAGUGCAUCGACCCCUCCGUGGUGUUCCCCUACCCGCUAACCGAGUCCCCCAGGGUGACGGAGUUCACGCCGGACACCCCGCCCAACAGCAGCUGUAGCGGCAGCAGCAGCGAUUCAGAUGAUGAUGAAGAGGAAGAGGAGGAAGAAGAAGAGGAGGAGGAGGAGGAGGAAGAGGAAGAAGAUGAGGAGAUUGAUGUGGUCACAGUAGAGAAGCGGCAAAGGCGGAGCGAAGCAGAGGCAUGCGAGUCCAGGCAGUUAAGUCCACUGGUUCUGAAAAGGUGUCACGUCUCCACACAUCAGCACAAUUACGCCGCACCCCCCUCAACACGACACGAGCAGCCCGCAGUAAAGCGGGCGCGCUUGGAGCCAGUCUCCCUGUCUAGCAGCAGCCGACACAGCAAGCAGAGGAAGUGCACAAGUCCCCGGACAUCAGACUCUGAGGACAACGACAAACGGAGGACUCACAAUGUGCUGGAGCGCCAGCGCAGGAAUGAACUCAAACUGAGCUUUUUCGCCCUGCGGGACGAGAUCCCUGAGGUGGCCAACAACGAGAAGGCGGCCAAGGUGGUCAUCCUAAAGAAAGCCACAGAGUGCAUCCGCACCAUGCAGUCAGACGAACAGAAGCUGCUGUCCAUCAAAGAACAGCUGAGGAGAAAGAGCGAACAGUUAAAACACAGACUACAGCUGCUACGGAGGAGCCAGCUAUGAACUUGUGUGAACAAAAAGAUGCAGAGAGACUUUUUUAUAAGAAAACGAAAACAGACUUUUUAGAAAAACUUUUUUUUUCAGCUUUUUAUGCAAGUUAAAGACUGUUGCUGGCAUAAUUGUGAUUUUGCAUGCUCAAUGCAAUUUUGUUUUUGAAUAUUGUCAGGUUUUGCUUUUUUGUUCAUGUUCAAAACUGCCACAAUUUAAAGUUAAAAGAGGUGGUCAAAUAGAAUAAUUUGUAUUUAAGUCAUUUAUUUUUGUUAUUAAAAUAAGAAAACACAGGGUACUUACAGCCCACAUAAAUAAUUUGUAUGUUUUUUUUGUAUAUAAUGGAUUCAUAUUUCCUAAGAAUCGUAUUUUUGGAUCUGUAUUGUCUGAGUUCUUCAGAUGCUAUUUUGUUUCACUGUAUGUUUAUGUUUCAACAAUUCAGAAUCAUAAAUGCAUUUCUUUAUGAAAA